AAAUUUUAAACAACUGAAUAGAAAAUGAUACCCGUGAUCAUCCGAAUUCGGAUGUGCCUGUUGCAGACAAAAGUGUGGAGAUUUGUGGGCUUUGCUUCAGCUGCUGUUGGAUUGCUCUGUUAUGCUCUCAGCACUUCCUUCAACCAUCUAUUUGGAAAUUGGAAUUUGUUGAAGAUAUUUCUUUACACUCUUUUCAGUUUCAUCAUGAUUUUGUAUGCAAAUAUAUGGAAAAACUCUAGAAGUCUUCGGUUCAAAGCUCAUACAGCUUUUUUAGUAUUGACAAUCACCUCUGUCUAUUCAUUUUUCUUUGAUAAAGUGGUGAAUGGAAAACCAGAUGCAUAUAGCUUGAUUUCAUGUGCCGCCUUUGCUAUCAUGUCAAUGAGCUUGUCAAGGCAAUCUCAGUGUGGAAUCGAAGUGGAUCUUCUUUACUUUUUCCUUGGAUGUCUAAUUAUGCAACUCAUGAAGAUUAAACUGCAAUUAGUCAUUGUUGGAGCAGGUUUCAGCUAUUCUCUUAUUAUUAUACGUUCUUCGUUAUCUUCCACAAAUUCCGUACCGGAAAAUGAGUAUUUUGGAGUUGGACUCCGCGGUGAAAAUUCAGUAGUUAUUGAAAUGGAUUCACUACUAAGGCCCAGUAAUGAUAUUUAUUCUGGAAUGAUGCAACAACUUACGACUUGUAUAAAUGCACUUCAACAGGAUAGUUUGAAUAUCAUUGACAGGCUAAUGGAGGAAUACAAUCAAGGUAAGUGUGAUUUUGAAAUGGAUACUCUGCCGUCAGAAAAGCUACAUAAUCUUCAUGAAAUUGUGAAGUUGAUGCUAUGUGCUGGGUAUGAGAAAGAGUGCUCUGCUGUGUACAUCAGUUGGCGGAAGGUACUCUUGCAGAAGGGUCUACUAAAUAAAAUAUUUGUGUUGCCGGAGGCAAAGAUCAACACCGAGCGUGAAAGAGAGCGAUACUUAGAUACCAUGUUUCAAAGAUGGAUGACUGCUUCUGACAUAGCUACGACGGUUUUGUUUCCAAUUGAACAAAAAUUCUGCGAUCUUGUCUUCUCAGGGUUCUCCUCUGCCACUUCUCAUUGUUUCAUUGAGAUUUGCCAAGAAGCAACGUUUCAGCUGCUCAACUUUGCAGAUGUGACACUACUACAAUAAUGACAUUUAGCAACAUUUGAAAAUUGUAACUA